AUGCCUUCCGCUCGACAGAGGGCAUCAGCUAAUGCCCCCGACACAUCAACAGUGUCCUUGAAUGAGAAAAUUCUCAAGGAAUGCCACGAUUUGUAUAUAGAGAAGGAGAAAGGUAUUUUAAAAACUGCUCUCUGUUUACUCGUGUGACGUGGAUUUUGGAACUCUCACAAUUUUUACCUUGUUUUAUAUGUUCUUUGAUCGUUGAAAAUCUUGUAAUAUUUAGGUCUUAUCACUAUUGCAAGUGGUCUGGGAUUAAAUUUACUUGCUCCAAGAAAAAAGAUCACAAUUUUACUACUUGGAAACCAUUCUGCUGGGAAAAGUUCAUUUAUAAACUGGUAAGCCGCAUACUGCAACAGUAGAUUAGCUUAUUGAGUUUUUAUUUGUCCAAAGUAUUAGCCAUGGACAAUAUUUAUUUUAGAGUGAAGCGUUGGAGAAACCGCAUUAACAACAUAUUACCCAGCAAAUUAAAUUUUAAUCCUACAGCUGUUGCCAGCUGUGACCCUUCGAUUUUCUUUAAAGAAGGUCGAAGAUCUGUUUCUUAUCACAGGUUACCCAGAGGUACGGUGUCAUGCAAAAAUGAAACACAGUCAUUUCUAUCUAAAAUGCAAACACCUGAGGAGUAGUUUGAAAAUAGGCUGUGACAUUGAUUAACCCUUUUAGUGGGGAGAAUUUGUUCAAGUAUCAAUUAGAUUCAUCUUUUGAGAUCAUGUCCUUAAUUCUCAUGACCACUCUGUUUUAUAAAGUAGUGAUAUUACAAGGAGAAAUUUGACGCAGAUCACUCCUAGGGCUUAAAGAGUUAAUGUAGCUCUGAUGCUUUGUUUAACAGGUAUGUGGAAGAACAUGUGCAGAAGACUGGGGUUGCUAUUGAAACUCAAGGAUUUACUUUUGUCACCAGUGGAAAGAAGCGAGAAUCUUUGACGGUAAGACUGAUAGUGUAGUGUAGAUUAGUAGUGAUUGUGUAGGCCCAAAGAAAAGAAAUGUUUUAAAAUACUUAGCUGUACAUAGUACAAUCAACUCUAAAAUACAGACACGUGGCUAAAAUGGUCAUCUAGAGUUAGUCCUGCCAUUUUUUACUCCUAUGUUUAGUUGCCUCUCCAUAAGAUAGGAAUUUUCCCAUUAAUAUUUUGGAACAAAAUUUCACUUGUGAAGUGUCAAAGUUCCAUACAUCUCAGUUCCAAGAUGGCAGCAAAGUGCUAAAGUUUUCGAUCGAUAAUUAGUUUGAUAAAAUGUCAAAAACCUAUGAUUGUGAACGUAAUUUGCCAUCCAUGAUAUUAACAGGUAAUCAAAAUGGUUUACUGGUGAAAUUUGUCCAAAUUCUAAUAAUUUUCCUUGCCUUAAGGCUCGGGAAAUAAUUAGUAGAAUAAUAUGGACAAAAUGCGCGUGAAAUUAUUCCCUUAUUUCAAUACACAUACAAGCACCUUACUACUAAAUUUUUGUAGUUGAUUAAAAAUUAAAGAAAUUCUUUCACAUAGUUACUAAACGAAGGGCCUGAAAGAGAUGAUUUAAGUUGGUUGAACAAAGUGUGAGCAAUAAUAUGACCUUAUUUUGUAAAUUUACCGUAAGGUUCCGAAAGUAACAACCCGGCGUUACUUUCGGACUUAACAGCCUUUUCCUAUCACUUCUUUCGGAAGGUCGCUACUUUCAGAAGGUUGCUACUUUCGAGCAGUUAAAACUUGUAUCAUAUAAGUUAAUAUCGUGACGAUUGUAAAAACAUCCACACUUUUAAAUUGGGGUCCAAACAUAUUACAUGCUAUUGCUUUUUAAAUAAAACUAUAUUCAAAAGAAUUGUUUGAUUACGGUGUUGGUUUUCACAGAUCAAAGGAAGACUUUUUGACCAAAAAAAAGAUGUGAUGUACCUUUUGAGUUACAUAAAGGCUGUCAAAGAUCAUUAUAACCAUUAAAAAAUAAAUCUCGGAUCAGUUUGGUAAGGUUGUUGUACACAUUCAUUUCCAUUGUAGCAAGAAGGGAAAUCACUUUUGAAGACGCUACGUCUGUAGGGUUGUUAUUUUCGGAAGGUCACUGCUUUUGGCAUUUGUUAACACCUGUGAAAUUUUAUCACUACUUUUGAAGAGUUUCUACUUUUGGGGGGUUGUUACUUUGGGAACUUUAUGGUAUCUUAAUUUUAUCAAUUUCUAACAGGGAAAUGCUACAUUACAUCUUUACCCGCAUUUCAAAUCAUUACAAGAUCUCAAAGGUAGGGAAUGAUAAUUUCUUGUAAUAAAAUUGUAUCUGCUGCUGGUAUACAUGUAUGUUUAAGCUGGGCUAAACUUGGCUGUUAGAAUACAUGUUUGUGUAACUUGGAAAAACAAUCUUGUUACCAUUUCGUUAAAAUUCUCAAUAUUUGAAUGAUAAAUAAAUGUAAAUGAAAAGAAAAAAUGUUGUUUUUUCUCUUGUAGCAGCCAUGUAGUGGGUUGUUUAUACAGUUUGUAUUCACAAUAUUUGUUGCAAAGGGCUUUUUGAAGUAUUUUUGAGGAUACUUACAUUAAUGCAUUCCAAAAUUGUACAAUGAUAUAGCUACAUAUGACUCGUGUUAAUCUGGUGCUAUUCUUUUGACAAAUCCCCUUUAUUUUUAAUUUAUAUGCUACUGUAUGUUAAUGUUAUUUAUUUAUGCUACCUUUGUAGGUGUUGUUGACUACUUGACAACUGAAAUUUCAACAUCAAAGCAAAAAAAGUUCAGUUUGGUGACAUUUGUUGACACGCCGGGGCUUGUUGAUGGAGAUAUGAAAUAUGCAUUUGAUGUGGAUGAUUCUAUUCUUUGGUUGGGUGAGUAAAUUGUUUACAUGGAGGUGGGGGACCCCAGAUAGCUGAGGUAUCAUGUGGCAGGUCACCACACCUUUCAUGUAAACGUGAUCAAAUUAAAAUGAGAGAUUACAUGGACAGGGUUACCCCACUUACUGUGUGGCACAAAUUUUUGCGGGUUCUAAUUUUUGCGGUUUUUCCAGCGAUCCGCAACAAUAAGUUCCCACAAAUAAAAAUUACUGCAAACAUUUUUCCCGCAAUAAUUUACUCCAGAGAAAACUUAAAUUUUCUACACAAAAAUACAGUAGUAAGAAAUCGUGUCUGUUCAAUUACAACUUGUGUCUUUCGUUCAGAAACAAAGGGGUAUACAAUGGUGGAUGCAUAGGGUAUGCACACCGUAGGAUUGCUUGAAAAUCUGUAUUUCUAUUGCAUGUACACAAUAGAAACGAAAACAUUACCAAUGCUAGGUACUUUUACUUUCUGAAAAUUGCAAAAAUUCAUUCCGAGUAAGAAAAACCAAUCUGUCCUAACCACAAAAAUUUUUUCCCGCAAAAUACAAAUAUUGCCGAUCCACAAAAAUAAACUCCCGCAAAAGUUUUGUGCCACACGGUAGGCACAUUACCUCACCUACUUGGGGUCCCCUGCCUCCAUGUAAACAGGGCCUAAGCCAAGAGUGACCAACAUCAAUUUUCUCCUAACCAUGUCAAUACAUUCUUAAGGGAAAAGGUAGUGAGAAUUAACCAAAAUGAUCAUCUGUACUCUGAAAUUACUACUAGGUAAUAUUAUACCCUUAGCUAAUAGUCAUCUGUUUUAUUUCCAGGUAAUCUGGCUGAUCUUAUCUUUGUCUUCUUUGAUCCUAUUGGACAAGCACUGUGUAAACGGACUCUAAAUUUAGUUGGUAAGUGUAGCUUUUUCAAGAGAUAAGUAUUAUAGUGAAAUCAACUGUCUGGAUAGAUUUAUUCAGAGGAUAGCGUUAUCUACCUUUUGAACAACUGGUGUCUGGUCCAUGGAAUUAAACACCAUACAGUUCAGAUUAGAAUAAUUAUUUGAAUAUUGUAAUAUUGCAUUAAUGCAUCAAUAACUUCGGACGAUAAGUGAUGUCUAUUUAUUUGUAGUUGACUUCUGACCCUUUUUGUUCAUUCUUCCAUGCAGAGAAACUAAAUGAGAGACACGCUGACCGAAUCAGGUUUUUUCUGAGCAAAGCUGAUUCAGCAGGGCAUGAAAGUGACAGACAGGUACAUUUUUGUAUUUGAAUACUUCUUCAAUGAGUUAGACCACAUAGUUUAUCAAAGGCAAGACUGUUGACAGUCCGUAAGAUUGUUGGGAUUGAGCACUUUGUAUUAUGUGCGGAAAUCUUUGUUUCAAAAUGUUCCCAGUCCAGCCUGGGGAUUGGUGUGUAGUGAUACAUUUUGAAAACAAGAUGGCUGCCUGUCAGUGAUGCGAAGGCAUAAGUGCGUAAUCUUGACAGUGUUACGGGAAAAUAGGGGACUGUGAACAGCUUAUCGAAGGCUAUAAUAGCACAGUUGCGGGUUUGUGGAAACAUUAAUUACAAGAACUACACUCUAGUGACAAAACAUUAAAAAUCAAUUGUUCUGGAAGAAGUUUCAUCUCCCUGUAGACUCCUUUGCUCGUCUGUUGGAAUUAUUAAUACGUCCACAAGAAGAGCAUAGAAUGAAAACAAAAACCACUUGUAGUGAAAAAAUGCACACUCAAAUACCGUUUACAUUGGUACACAGUGUGGUAAGACUUGUAUUUGUUUUGAUUUGUUUUUUUGUUUUCCACACAUUUAAAUGUAAUGUCUAUUUAUGUGUGUAUUGAACUGACCCUUGGUUUGAUAAAACUUCAAGAAAAAACAAAUUAAUAAAAUUUAAUCCCAGGUGAUAAUGGAGAGAUAUAGAGUCAUUUUUAUUGCAAAUGGCAAACAUGAAUUUGUGCCCUGUGACCAAGUUCUUCCAUUCACUUGACUUUAACUGUUCUUUAGUUCCACAAAAAAUAAUAGUAGUUUCACAAUGUUUUAUCUGAUCAUUUUCUAUUUUGAGAAAUUCUCAACUUGAGUCUGCCAUUUGCCAUAAACAUGCCUCUACUUCUCUCAAAUGUUACAAAAUUAAUGCUCUGAAGAAUUAAUGCUGAACCCGUGCUUUUACUGUUUUUUUUUUAGAAAGUUUUGAUGCAGAUAACCCAGGAACUCUGUAAAAGACCAGGACUCAAUAAAGCAGGAUUUGAAAUGCCAACUAUUUUUAUUCCAACACUGCUGGACAAGGUAUGUAAAGUGAAUAAACAGCACUCACUAGUGUGUCACCACACACUGUAGUGCAGUGGAACCUCGAUAUAAUGAAGGGCCAAGGGACCGGCAAAAUUUGUUUGAUAUAAUGAAGUUUUGUUAUAUUGAGGUCCUCUUCCAUAUUAUAUCUUACAAUACCACUGGGGUGAAGAAAAUCAUUAUAGCGAGGUUCCACUGUACAUGUACUACUUGACUAUCCCACACUCUCAUCUUGUCUGGUUACGGUCCUCUUUUUUUCAUAAGAUUGUUGGAAUUGUGCACCUACUUUUACACUUCAAAUGUAUCGAGUCUAGCCUAAGAAUCAACGUCAAAUCUACUCGGCAGGGCAGGGGAUGGUUUUUGGGAAGGCAAGAAGCACCCUCCCACCCAGUGCUAUAAACCCCACGGCCUGUCCCCUUAGUAGAUUUGAAAACUAGAUGGUCAACAGUAUGUCAGUGAGCGCUCAAUCUCAACAAUCUUACCAAAAAAUUAUGGGAAUGUGAACAGUCUAAGGUUGUCUACAUUGUAGUCUUUUUGAUAACACCUUUUAGGCCUCAAAUUUCACAUUAAUAUACAAUUCAGUACUAUUCUUGCAGGGAUGUUACAACAGCACUGUUAUACACGCAGAAUAUCUAUGUUGAAAGAAUUUUUCUUUACAGCCUGCAAGAUGUGCUAAUCAAAUUGAAGAAGUGUGCAAGGAGAUUGAGAAGACAAUCAACCAGACAAUACAAAAUACUCUUAACACGCUUGAAAAGGACUGUGAGAAAAUUGCUGACUUGGUGGAUGAAAAGCUAAGGAAUGAUUCGUGAGUAGUAUAUGACGUACUUUAUCACUGUAUUCACUCUUUUGGUAGCCUCAAUACAGCCACUGCUCUCUGUUCCUUGUUGUGUAAGAUGUUUCGCGGGAGAGAGGUCUGUGAUUCAGCCUCAAAAAUUUCAUGUUGAUGACGUGAAUCAAUGUUUUCUUAAUUAAUGUAGUUGUCAUGGGGUUUCCACAUCUAAAUUAUUUUGUUUGAGGAGUUGUUUUGAGCUCUUCUGUGAAUGAGCAACAGCAAAACUUAAAUGCUUGUUGUAAAGAGGUCUAUAAUCCACAAAUAAUGACCGUUUUUUGGUAGAUUCAUGGAGUUUGCAUUAAUGUUAUCUCUGUGACCUUGUGACCCAUUUGUCUGUCAUUUGUAAACAACAGCUGAAAAAAUAGAAUAACUACAUCGAUCAAUAAGUGCUCAUUGACCAGAUUCCAGACAAAUCUAUGUCAUCAGUAUGGAAUUUUAUGGGCCGAAUUGCAGACAAGUCUUUCCCGUGAAACCUCCUUAGUGGGGAGGAGCAAGGAGAGAUGGAUAUGUAUUAACAGGCCAGUGGUGGAUCCAGGGGAGGGCCCCAGGGGGCCCACCCCCCUUAUUUUUAGACCAAACUGAGACCUGAAGGGCUGAAAAACAUUUUUUUGAGACUGCCGCCCCCCUUAUUUCAGGGUCUGGAUGACCGGGUCCCCACCUUAUCUGUAGGUCUGGAUCGCCACUGCAGGCUAUCAUGGUGGAACGACUAACUUGUCAAGUUCUGUUUUCUGAAAGCGUGAAGUUGGUUUUUACUUUUUUUUCCAGAGAGGCACGUUCACAUAAUCUUCGUGCAAGAAUCAGAGGUCUUUUUUUUGGUUUCUUGGGUAUCCUUCUUCCUUUUGUCUUGUUGGUCAACUUUCUUGCCAGCAGCAGUGCUAAAGGAACCUUGGACAAUUUUGUUGGGAAAAAUGUUUCAGAAAAACUCCAUAUUUAUACGGUAAGGGCAAUAUUAUUUUCAACAAGUCAGUGUUAAAGUGUGUUCUGAACACGUGCAUCUGAGGUCAUAAAUUCUUUGGCGUGACCAAUAAUUAAAGGCACUGUUAAACCUUUUUGGCAGGGCUCAAAGUUAGCGACUAACUGGUUGCAUAUGCGACUGGAUUUUUGGUUGUGCGCCUAAAAAUUCAUGUGUAAUCGCACCUGUGCGCCGUAAAACCCAAAGCACAGUGCGACUGACUUACUUCCGACUAUACUUACGAACUCGAACUAGAAAGACGGUGUAUGUUUAGUUGGUCUUUUCUCCCAAUGGAUUCUACGAACUCGAAUGUUCUUUUUCGUUUCGAUGUUUUACUCCAUCCCAGACUCUUGUGUUUUGUAAUAAACACCGCUGACACAUGCAAAUAUAAUUAUGCUACGAACGAAACACGUACUUUUUGCGCAACGGACGAUCAUGUCGAACGCUAAGUUUUAACGUCAAUCAAAACAGAAACAGUGCGGAUUAAGAGCCUUGUUUUCCAGGUAAGAAAGUUUUUUCAGUCGUAUUCCAGUUACAUGUAAGUCAUUGCGCAUUUAACAGAUUCAUUAAAGAUUAAUUUUCAUUCGCGUUCGACACACUCAUUGUUGUCAGUUUUCAAGUGUAUGUUUUCUUUAGUCACCACUGUACUGUCAAAAAGAAAAAUUAGUUUUAAAAAUCACAACGGUAUUACUGCGUAGCAAAUCGGCUGUGUUUUAUCAAACACAGGACUGAAGUAAAAGUUUAUAAACUGAAGAUGACAAAUAAACGUGGCAUGUUAAGCUUUUUACUUUUUCUUUUGGAAUAGAUGCUCCCAACAUUAUAAGCUGUGCUCCUAAAAUUUCAGCUGUGCGCCUAAAAUUUCGGCAGUGCGCCUAAAAAUUUACACCUGGUAGCACAAGUGCUCCUAAACUCAAAUUUAAACUUUGAGCCCUGUUUGGCGGCGGUUUCACUGAUGAUAUUUGUUUUGUUAAUGAUAUUUUUAAAGAUUAAUUGGGGCACCCCUCAAAACCGACGCCCUUGGGCAAAAUGUCAGUGGGAAGGUUAAAGAGGGGAGUGAAUAAAUUUUAUUGGAAUUGACGCCUUGUUUAAUAUUUCAUUUUUCUAACUUUUCUCAUUUUGCAUUGCUAGGCGCCUGUUGAGAAGAUGUGGAUGUCUAUUCCUACACAGUACCAUAACCACGCCCUUAUUGGAAUGCUAGUGUUUUCCUUUGUACUUUUAAUUGUUGCCAAACUGUUCUCAAGGUAAACAUCUGGCCAUUCAUGUUUUGUCCCUUAGCCUGAGAAAACAGCCUACAUUUCUCGACGCCACCACGGAUUUUCCCGUAAAAUGACGUCUGAGGAACGACUGCUGAAAUGCUAUACUGAUGACGUGUUACUACCCAGAUCCGGGCAGUGCUUCUGAUUGGUUGAAGCACAUUUCCCUCGCGGCUCGACCAAUCAGUACUACCUAGAUCUGAGUAGUGACACGUCAUCAGUAUGGAAUAUCUGCCCUCGUUUCUCAGACGUCAUUUCGCGGGGAAACCAGUGGUGACGUCGCGAAAUGUCGGCUGUUUUCUUAGGCUACUGUUUAUUUAGACAAAACGCGGAUUUACUCUCUGUACUCGUGAAUUAUGAACACAUCCCUCCCAAAGUUGAUCUAGACUACUAGCACUAAGGGUAACUGGCUCACAAUGGGCAAUUCGUUCAGGUGUAAAUUUGAAAGGGAAUUAGUAGGAAGUUUCGGAUCACUAUACGUUUCUGGGAAACUGCCGACCUACUCCUCCCCUAGGCCAACAUUAACACUUACUUCUCACUUAGGGAAAAAUUUUGGCUUAGGGGAGGAGUAGGUAGGCAGUUUCCCAGAAACGUAUAUUGACCUUGCAAACAAAGCCCCAUUACCUGAAAAUGAAAUAGAUAUAUUGCCAUCAGGGCUGUCACUGAGAUUUCAAGUUGCGGGGUAAAUACGACAAUUACGUGGGGGAUCAAACAGCUAAGGAUCUCUUCUGGUUCUCCGUUUCUUCUGUUUCUCAUAAAAGUAGCGGGGAGUCACGUUCAUAAUAGCUGGGGGAAACCCACGGCUCCCAGCCGUUAAUGACGGCCCUGAUUUAAAAGACUGUCUGUCGUCUGCCCGCACACUCUUUCUCCGUGAUUUUAUUAACCUUGACUCUGGAAGAAACAGUUGGAAGUAAGAGUGUUGGACGAUAUGUACAAUUCUAAAAUAAAAACUAUUGUAAAAAGCGCCAGUUUGUGUUUUAAUAGCUGUUAGCCGCCUUCACAACACGGCCCGUUCCAAGCGUGGCUUUCAGACAGUGUGGACGAUAGCUGGCUUGCUUUUUAUACAAGAAGACUGAGAGUACUUUUCUUUUGAUGUGUCUCUCUUGUCCUCCAGAUUAAGACCCACCCUGACAAGGAAACAGAAAAAAGUUCUUUUAGAACAGAGAUCGUACGUUCAAGGAUACGUCAAGGGACACAAGGUAUACUUAUCCCCAUAUCACUUUGUUUUGUAAUUUUUGUAAUUUUUCUAUUCAUUCAUCCAUUCGUUUAUCCUUCCAUCUAUCCAUCCAUUUUUUUCUUUCAUUGAAAAGAAAAGAGAGGCAGCUUUUGAUGUGGCUUUUGUAUUUUCAAUCACAGGAGCGACUCUACCGGGAAUAUCUCCAGCAAAGUGUUGGAUCACAUGACUUUGACAGCGUCAAGUUCUGAAUCUCGUCCUUCGUUCAUGUAAUAGAGAGUUAAAGCAUCACGUAUACGGCAAAGGGCAAACGUCAGAUUCAACAACAACAAGAGUUUAUUUAACCAAGGUGAAACCAGAAUUGCACAAGUAAUUUUUUAUCUGGGCCCCUUCAAAUUAAAAAAGAAAAGAAAAGGAAAUGAUUACAAUAAUAACACUUAUAAUCUAAUAAUAAUGAACGAUAAAAAAGCAUGCCAAUAAAAAAUAUAUUUAUUUAUAUACAUAAUAUAAAUAUUAUAAAAUUUGAUCAAUAAGGGAAUACAAGAGAAGCGCCUCGGCAUAACAAUGACCAAUUAUGGACAUCAUGUACGAGUCGCUUUAAAAAAAAAUCAGACGUCUUUGAGAUUGGAGAAGGCCAUCUUCAAAUAGUUUCUUUUGAACGAGGAAAGCGAUGUUGAAGUUUUAACGCUAUCCGGUGGCAAGUUCCAUUCACUAGAAGCGAGGAAGGCAAAAGUACGUUUGC